CCUCAGCCAGCGCUGCCCCAUCCCCCGCCGGCCCGGGCGGCAGGGAGUUCAGCGGCCUGCCGCCCCGCCGCGGCGCGUACCGAGGCGCAGCACGGCCUGGUGGAGCUGUGGAUUGCACACCUUUCAUCAUAUGAGGUGGGGAGAAGUUAUGUGCCUAUAUGGGACAUUAUCUGAGAAAUGCAACAGUAGUCCAUCCUAUGAUAUGUGUGGUAAAUAAGUUUCAAGAUGGCAGAAUUAUUUAUGGAAUGUGAAGAAGAGGAGCUAGAACCCUGGCAAAAGAGAGUGAGAGAAGUGGAAGAGGAUGAUGAGGACGAUGAUGAUGAUGAGCCAAUCUUUGUUGGGGAAAUCUCCAGCUCAAAGCCAGCUACUUCAUAUAUAUUGAACAGAGUCAACCUCAGCUCAUCACGAAGGGGGAUACAGAAUGGUGCACCCAGUAGAGGUACAGUCACUACAUUCAAGUCUGAGAGUCAGCAGUAUGGGACGCCUGCCUCCAGCCCCGGUGCCAUGUCUGCCCCGUCAGUCUUUCAGACUGUGCCCAGACCUGUGACCAGCUCAGUGGCAGUUCAGCCCUUGACUGUAGCAGUGAAUGUUUCAGGAACUUCACAAACACUGCAGAGGCCAGUUGGUGGAGGUUUGUCAGCACAGCAGAUGCCUGGGUCAAGUUCUGGAAUAACACAGCCUGUUAGCAGAUCUGUAACAACGCAGCCAGUAUCAAGAAAUAUCACAAUUCCUGUAGUGGCUCAAGCUAUAUCCAGGACAGAGACUACUGCAACAGCACAGCCUGUAAUACUCAAUCAGGAUUAUAUUAUGGAUUCUCCACCAGCUGCACCAGAUAAUACAUCUGGUAUACUGUUUGGUGUGAGACAGAACUCGGGAGUUCCACAGUACCAGACUGGGCCAGCAGUGAAUGUAACAGGGACAAAUGCUGCAUCGAUUAAAAAUGGAGGACCUUUUCCACGGGCUUGUCCAAAAUGUAAUAUACAUUUCAAUCUUAUGGAUCCUCUGAAAAAUCAUAUGAAGUAUUGUUGUCCAGAUAUGAUAAAUAACUUUUUCCCAGGAGUGGUCAAAACAGAGUGUUUGAGCACAACAAGCAAGACCAUUGAAUCUGAGAAAGGAAAACUGAUUAUGUUAGUUAAUGACUUUUAUUAUGGGAAGGAUGAAGGUGACCUCCAGCAGGUACAACAGGAGCAGAAGACUCAUACAACAUUUAAAUGCAUCAGUUGUCUGAAAGUUCUUAAAAAUAACAUAAGGUUUAUGAACCACAUGAAACAUCACUUGGAGCUUGAGAAGCAAAGCAAUGAAAGUUGGGAAAGCCACACCACCUGCCAGCACUGUUACCGACAGUUCCCCACGCCGUUCCAGCUGCAGUGCCACAUCGAGAGUACACACACGCCUUAUGAGUCAUCCACGAUUUGUAAAAUCUGUGAAUUGUCAUUUGACACAGAGCAAGUUCUUUUGCAACAUAUGAAGGACAAUCAUAAGCCAGGUGAAAUGCCGUAUGUCUGCCAGGUGUGCAGCUACAGAUCCUCGGCUUUUUCAGAUGUAGAAACGCAUUUUAGAACAGUUCAUGAAAACACAAAACAUUUGCUAUGCCCAUUUUGCCUCAAAGUUAUUAAAAUUGGAGCACCAUAUAUGCAUCAUUACAUGAGGCAUCAGAAAAAGGGAAUAUAUCGUUGCACUAAAUGCAGACUGCAAUUUUUAACAUGCAAAGAAAAAAUGGAUCACAAGACUCAGCAUCAUCGAACAUUUAGGAAACCCAAGCAAUUAGAAGGCUUGCCUCCUGGAACAAAGGUGACUAUUCGAGCAUCUUUGGGAUCUCAUCAAUCAGGAUCAUCAGCUACAUCUUCUGUUAGUACAAGCAGCUCCACAUUUCAAUUAUCACCUAAAGCUAAAAAUGCAACCACUAAAAAUCAUAACAAAUCCAAUACAAGUAAGUCAAGAGGAAAAUCAAAACAAUCUACAUCAAGGAAACAAAGUGCAUGGACAAACAGCAGGAAAAAAAAAGAACCUACAAAUAUAGCAUUUCCUAGUCUAAGGCAUCGUGUGGGAACUCACAAGUGCAUUGAGUGUUUCUCGGAAGUAAAAGAUUUUGCGAGUCACUUUCCUGCUUACGUCCACUGUAGUUUAUGCAGAUACAGCACCAGCUGUAGCAAAGCCUAUGUGAAUCACAUGAUGAGUUUUCACAGUGCUCGUCCAAGUAAAAGAUUUUGGAUCUUUAAGAAGCAUUCAGAAAAACUACGAGGUGUGACUGUAGUGUGUCUUCACUGUGAUUUCCUGGCUGAUGUUUCUGGCUUGGAUAACAUGGCCACACAUCUGAGUGAGAACCAGACUCACACUUGUCAAGUUAUUGUAGAGAAAGAUAAUGCAACCGCUGCACAAGUGUCUCACAAACAAGAUCAUGACUCUUCAGAUGAAACAAAAGAAUGCAGUCAAAAUCAAACUAAAGAAGUUGCAUCCACUGAAAAAAGUGAAGACUCAUCACUGUCAAAUACAGAAAAUGUUCCGAGUUUGGAACUCCCUGGCAACAGCUCCAAGAAUUCUUUGCAUGAGAAAAGAACGUACUGUGAUUCAGCUAAUAACAAACAGUUAGUAGAUGAGAAACAAAAAUGUAUUAAUGAUGAAAGCGAGGUGAAAAUGUGCCAAAGUUCAGCUGAUAUUGUCCUGAACGAGCAGACUAAAGUGCGUCCCUUGGAUGAAGCUGCGCUUUCAGCAAAGAACGUGAGGGACUUAAAGCUGACGUUGGGUGAAGAUGUCAGCUUUGAGCAGUUCCUGAGGAAGAGGGAUGAACCUGAAUCUGUUAGUUCAGAUAUAAGUGAACAAGGCAGUAUUCAUUUGGAGCCCUUAACUCCAUCAGAAGUACUAGAGCAUGAAGCUACUGAAAUUCUCCAAAAAGGUAAUGUUGCACCUUCAUCAAAGAAAUCAGGACAGCUCGCGGAACAAACAGAUGAGACUUCUAGAGACAGCAAUCCCAGCAGAAUGGAAACACCUGCAAACAAGACAGAUGAAAAUGAAGCAAGCUGAAAUUGUGUUAUUUUUAUUGUUCAUUUUAAACUAUGGUAAGAGCACCAUGGACCUUUCCUCAUGUGUGUGCUCAUGGAUGCUAAAACUAAAAGUUUUUAAAGGGAGGAGAAGAAAAAGAGACACCAAAGGGAAGUUUGCAUAUGGAGGUAGCAUGUAUGUGUAUGUAUGACUGAAUUCAAUAAGCUUCUAAAAGGUAUGUUAAAAUAUAUCUUCCUGUCUCUUGGAUGUGAUAUAUUAUUAGAUUGUUACUUGAGAAGAGGUAUAAAUUCUAAUUUUUUUAUAGUUAACUAGCCCAGGAUAAGGUGACUUGUUCGCCCAGAAAGUAUUUUUCUAAGUUCUUUAGUGUGAAUAUCACUGCACUGGGGAUUGAGUAGGAAUUCACUUCUGAUGCUGAUGUGGAGCACACUUGUAAUGAAAGUUUAUUGGUCUGCUGAUAGUUUUGGUAAACAUAAAUCUUGGGAUUUGGUGUCACAUUCCUGUCUGUAAAAGCACGUAAACAGAAAUAUAUUCAUUUGUACACCUCUGUACAGGUGUAAUCCCGCCAGACUGUAAACUUACCUUAAUAAACUUUCAGUGAAAGUGAAAUUAUUACAAUAAAAAUUUAUAUUUGUGGGGUUUUCACUGUGCAGGCUGUGCAAAAAUACCGAACAUAACUGUAUAAAGUAGGACUGAAAGUACUGUAGCUAUUAGGCUUUUACCAUUGGUUUAAUUAUUCUUAGCUGUAGACCCAUAGGAAUGGUCUGUAAGUCACACCAAAGUAUGGUUUAAUGUAAAAAUGGUUUUAAGCAAAAAUAAGGAGAACUCCAAACUGGAAACACCACCUGGCAUGCAUUCUGCCAUUUUGCAGCUGCUACUGGCUAACUUAAAAAUAGGACACAAGGGCGUAUAAAGUAGAAUUGUACAGUUUAAUUUCAUGACUUUUUGUAGUCUUAAGUUAUGUAUGGAAAGAUGGCUGCUCGUUUUGGUUUGGUUUUUUAGUUUUGGGGGUUAUUUUUGUUUUCUAGUUACCUAGAUUUAGGAAUGCAUAUGAUUAACUGUAGCUUGCUCUUUUGAUUUCGUUGCUCCAUUUGAAACAUUCAGAAUGUGCUUUUGACUUAGAGUUUUGUUUUUAAUGAAUGUUAAAUGUUUUGAACAGCUGUUAAAGCACUGCUGUAAAUUAUUACUUUUUGAGUAAAUAUUUGCAACAGAAAUUUGUCUUUGUGUAUAAUUUUAUGCUCAGCUUGAAACUUUGGGCAUAACCUCCCAUUUUUUCAAAAGAUUUAGUUACAGUUCCCAAAAAUUAAGUAACUUAAUUGAAUUCACGACUUAUUAUUAAUUUGAGACCUAUGUUAAAUUGGGGAUUUUUGUUAGCUUUUGGUUAGUUUGUUUUAUUUUAGAAUUAAAUGAGCAAGUGCCUAUGCAUUAACAUUUUUUGUACCUGUGUAUUUUGAAAGGAUGUGCUAUAACCUUUCCAGACUAUACAGAUAUUUUUCUGGCCCGUCAGCCUGCAGCGCAAGUUUCCUCUGUCCUCUUAAGUUCACCAAGCUCAGCUGCUAAGUGAGUCUAACAGUAUUAAAAUGUAGAGACCACCACCAGCUUACUAUUGGAACCUCUAAAUAAACCAAAUCUCAACAGCCUCAAAAGUCCCUUCAAGCUCAAAAGAGAUGUAUAAUUUAAAUUUUGGACUGCAUCUUCAUUGUCAUCCAUGCACGUGUAGAAGACUUCAAAAAAAGUGGAACAGUUUACAUACUCCCAGCUCUUUAAGAUCUGCCACUUGAAGAACUUCAAAUACCACUAUACAGGAAGAAACUGAGAAGAAUAAGUUGCAUUUUUCUUUUGUUCUUUAAAGAUUUUAGUGAAAUCAUUAAAUAGAUGUUUGGUUAACCAGUCUUAUGUCUUCAUGCUUUUACACAUGGAAGGUUACUCAUUGCAAUGCUUUAUUUUAUGCAUUUUAAAGCAGUUAAUCAACUACAAAACUGAAUGUGUAUGUUACUGAGGGAAUUCCUGAAUGCAUCUGUGUUGAAACCCAGGGAAAUCUGUGUAUUUUUAAUCUGGUUGAUGACCUUCCAUGCAAAUGAUAUAUUUUGAAUAAUGCACUGAUAUGUUCUAUUAGAAAAGACUAAGUUCAAUUGAAACCAGCUGCCAUACUUGAAAUUUCCUCAUGUAUGUCUUUUAUUAUGCAAUUAAAUUUUUAAAAUACUUUCCAUUUUAAUAAGAAUUUGAAAAGACUUGGCCACAUAGUGUUGAGAAAAGGUAGAAAAGAGAAGUCCAAAACCUGCAUAUUUGGCAGAAUUAUAUCCAUAUCUCAGGGUGCUUAUUAUGUAAAGCAUCAUUUGUUUCAAACCAUGGUGACAGUGCUUAUUCAAAAAGUAAUGUUAGGUACAAGCCACUCAGGUAUUUUCUGGUCCUUCUGAAAAAGAGGUGAAACAACUUGAUUGUUCUAGCAAAAGCAUCAGAUAGCUUUUCAUAGGCAGGGAAUAUAAUAACAUGAAGACACUGGUGUGGUGUUCUUGUGAAGGUGGAAAACUAAAACACAUUACUAUUUUUGCUAUAUAAAGUAAUAGAUUUGCUCAUAAACACUGUAGGAAACUGCACAAGUACAAAGAUUCAUUUGUAUCAUGUUAUUUGGGAGGUUUCCCAAAAAAGAGAAAUUAAAUUGAUACUUUUGGCAGAAGCUGCUCUGGAGGAUCAAGUUUCAUUCAUGCAUUUUUCAGUUAAUUGAACUUAAGUGCACAUGAUUCAAUUUGUUGUUUGUAACAUUUGAAAGUUGGAAAACCUGUCACUUAAUUUUUGGUGUCCAUAAUAGAAUCACCCUUUUCCCUCAUCUCAAGAGCUUUAUCAUAUUUGCUUGAAUAAUCACCACAGCAUGUUUAUAUAGUGCUUAUUUUUAAAGAAAUUGUGUGCCACGUGUAUGCUCUCUACAUUAUUGACAUUUAAUAGAAAACUGCAGUCGUCAUGAUGAUCAAUGGACAUUCAGUCACUUGGAUCUUCCUCAAGUGCAGCCAGUAUCUGUUUGCCUUGUGCAGCUUGGGAGAGAAGCUUUGGUUGAUCUGUGGUUCAGAUUUUCCUAAAUGGAAUGGUUGAGAAAACACACCAAAAAAAUUCCAAUUGUAGCACAUACUGAAUUCUAAAUAUUAGGUGAUGUAUUUUAAAGAAGAAAGCUUUUGUAACACAACUUUGUCUGCUUUUCUUUUCCUUGGACAGAGAGGGAGAACCUUGGGCAAUACAUGUAAAAAUCUCAUCUCUGUCAUGCUGCUUCUAGAAAGAAUCAGAAACUAAAGGUCAGGGUAAAAAAUCUUGAGUAAUGCUUGUAUUCUGCAAGAUAUUAAAUAGAAUAUCUUAAAGCCUUUCUGCAGGCAUUAAGCAUUGCUAUUUAUAUGCUGGCAGGUAGAAAGCAGGCUUUUUUAUAUAUAGAUAUAUAUAUAUAUACUGUCAGAUACAUGAAUAUUCCCCUAAAGACUGACCAUAGGCUGUCAGCAGAAUUUUGUUACCGACCACUUAGAAUUUUUUGUGCAGGGCAAAUUUAUACCUAAUUCUUCUCUCUUUGUUUUCACUAGUGUUGUUUUUUGCAGCUUGUGAACUUACUUUGUCUAGUUGCAUCCUGUAUAUUUUGAUGUGUGCUUCAUAUGCCAUUAAUAAAAGAAAAAGAUAAGUA